AUGUGAUUGGUUGAUAAUGAUGUCAUUCAAAAGUAGGGGCGUGGCAGGGAUGGCACGUUACCAAGCCACACGGGGUCGCGCGUGCGUGCCCGCGCCUAUUCUCACACACAGGUGUGCUCAAUGACAUCACCUCACAACAGGAAGGCACACAGCAGGUGGAGGUCGGAAGCUCCGCGACGUUCGAUAAAGGACUUUGACAGAGAGCGCGGACAAGAUGGAGGACUUCUUCAAAAUGGUGGGGGAUGUGAGGAGCCUUAUUGAGAAGAUCUCCAGCCAAGUGGAGGAAAUAGAAACCAUCCAUGGGACCAUCCUGUCUUCUCCAAACCAAGACAAGAGACUCAAAGAUGAGCUGGAGCUGCUUAAUGAUGAGACCAAGAAGAACGCCAUCCUGGUCAGAACAAAGUUAAAAUCAAUGCAGAGAAGCUGGUUGAAAAAAGAAACCGGAGCCUCUGUGAUUCACCGAAUCUACGAGAACCAGCUGUGCUUUUAACUAACAAAAACUCCUGCAUUGCAUUUGUUUUAUCUGCAUUUCAGUGUCCACACAGUUCAAAAAGUUAAGCUUUGUGAGACAUUUUAUCAGAUAUGGAAGAUGUUGGACAAAAGCUUCCAGGAUAUUUGACGCCAGACGAACUGAGAUGUGCUCAGAUCCGGCUGGAAGAUGCUUGAGAAGCAGCUUUUUAUUUAAUCCACUUGUUGUUCGUUCUGUCAUCCAGUAGAUGGCACUAUAAUGCAAACUAAGGCUGUACCAAACAUAUGGUACAUUUUAUGCUACAGUAUAACACCUUUUUAAAGUUGUUGUUGUUUUAUGUGUGUGCAGUCUGUAAUUUAACAAUAUUUAAUAAAACUGUCUACCCAAAACUA